GUGUUUACUACACUGCCGAGCAUAAGGGAGACGCUCGUCUUCACAUGCACUGAACCCACUGAGAAAAAAAAAACGUUUUUAGUUGCAUUUGUAAAAAAAACCUCCACGAGAUCAACAUGCCCAAGAGAAAGGGAACAGACGGAGAAGCCAAGGAGGAGCCCCAGAGGAGAUCAGCUCGGUUAUCAGCGAAACCGAUCCUACCCAAGCCGGAACCAAAGGUGAAGAAGGCUGCAAAGAAAGAGAAGGCAGUGAAUGAUAAGAAGGAGGACAAGAAGACCAAGAAGGCAAAGGAGAAUGCUGAGGCAGAGGCAAACGAGGAAAACCACUCUGAGAAUGGAGAGGCCAAGAACAACGAGGUGGAGGCAGCUCCUGAGGAGGCCAAGGAGGAGGCCAAGUCCGAGUAGCACCACUGCCCCAAACUUCCUCCUCCUCCUCAACAAUCCCUUAUCCCGAACCCCCAGCCAGCCAGCCAGCCCCCCCAAGUCUCUCACAUGGUUUCCCUCCAAGGCGUAUUGUUAACAGAGGAAUAUUUUUAUCAAUGAUUUUAUAAGUAUCCGUACAGAUUUUUAGCACAAAAAGCAAAGCUGAAAUAUGGAGCACCUUGCAGAUUUGCAGUGGUCAUAUCAAGUGUCUGCAAGCAAGAUGAACACACUAAAAUCUUUUUUAAAUGGCAUUUCAUGAUUGUUGAAGGCUUGUUUGGUGUAGAAAGUGCGUCCCUGCCGGAUUGGCUAUGUUGUGAGUUGUGUAUUCCCGUGUUUUUCUCUUUCCCGAUCCUCCCCAAUACAGAUUAGAAUCCCCCCUCUUCCCCUCCCCCUUACGGUUCAACCUAUUAUCCAUGUUUUAAUAACGGUUUAACCAUGUAAUAUGAGUGAUUUCUUUUAGACCUCUAAAUGUGCAGUGAGUUCCCUUGCUUCUGUCUCAUGUUCCUGUUUUUUCAUUGAAUCGUGUUUAAAGCGUGUUGAAGUGUGUUGUCCAUAAGAAAGAGGAAGACAAACAUGUGAAACAUUCCGGGAACAGCGAUGCCUCUGACCUGUCUCCUAAGACGACCCUGCGUGUAGAACAGCUCCUGCUCCAUCUGUGCUGUCACGUCAGCUUUUCUAAACACUAUAUGGUUUUUUUAAAUGAUUGAAUUUGGAACCUUCUCUGACAAAUGCAGGUGUCUGGUCCCUCUCUUAUGUUCUGGAAUUCUCUUAAUAAAAUGAAGUCCUGGGAAUUUUCCUCAAGCCGA